AUGGUUGAAAAAGCAGCUAUCCGUCCGACUGAUGUUGUUGUUGAAGUCGGUCCCGGAACGGGUAAUUUAACUGUACGCCUCUUGGAAAAAGCAAAAAAGGUUGUUGCCUACGAAAUCGAUCCUCGUCUUGUUGCUGAACUUCAAAAAAGAGUUCAAGGAACACCAUUUAAGUCAAAAUUAGAUAUUGUUAUUGGUGACAUAUUAAAGAGUGAAUUACCAUUUUUUGAUUUAUGUGUUGCUAAUUUACCAUAUCAAAUUUCAAGUCCAUUUGUAUUUAAAUUACUUUUACAUCGACCAAUAUUUCGUUGUGCAAUUGUUAUGUUUCAACGUGAAUUUGCACAACGUCUUGUUGCUAAACCUGGUGAAAAACUUUAUUGUCGUUUGUCAGUUAAUACACAACUUUUAGCUCGUGUUGAUCAUUUAAUGAAAAUUGGAAAAAAUAAUUUUCGACCACCACCAAAAGUUGAAUCAAGUGUUGUAAGAAUCGAACCAAAAAAUCCACCACCAGCUGUUAAUUAUCAAGAAUGGGAUGGAUUAACAAGAAUUUGCUUCACAAGAAAAAAUAAACUUUUAUCAUCAGAAUUCAAGCAAAAGAAAGUUAUUGAAUUAUUAGAAAAAAAUUAUCGAAUUCAUUGUUCAAUUCAUAAUAAAACUGUACCAAAUGAUUUUAAUAUAAAAACAAAAAUUGAAGAAAUUCUAACAACAAAUCAAUUUGCCGAUAAACGUGCAAGACAUAUGGAUCUUGAUGAUUUUCUUGAGUAAGAAAAAUUUAUAUUGUUUCAGUAAUUAUUUUAUUUGAAUUAUUUAUUUAGAUUGUUACAUGCAUUCAAUGUUGAGGGCAUUCAUUUUUGCUGAUAUUCAAUUAUUGUUUUUGAAUAAAAAGUGUUGUUACCGAUCGAAUAAAUAUUUUUCUGUAAAAUCGAAAAUCACGAAGCUUUUGUCAGAAUAGAAUGUCUUGGUUUUAUCAAGAAAAAAAUAUCAAAGUUAGCUUGUAAUACAAAUUGAUAGGCUUCUAUUGAAAGAUUUCAAGAGAUAAUGAUGAAGGCAAAUCUGGACUUGGUUUUUAAAACUUAAACGACAGGAUGUAACAGCUGUUUUUAUAUAGUCCGGUGUAGCAUUAGACAGGCACAAGUUUAGAUUAAGUUGACAAUCUAAUCAAAGCAACAUUAUUUUAUAUACGAAGCAAAUUUACCAGGCUAUUUAUUUGUACAAACAUAUCAAGUGUAUCAUUAUUGAUAGAAAAAAAAAGAUUUUAAUUCAUUGGCGAUUUUUCUUUUGUUCCUUUCAAUAUAGAGUAAUAAAAGAUCGACGAUUAUGGACAGAUAUAAAUGUAUCUGCUUUGACAAAUCCUUUCGAUAUUAAUGGAUAUUUUUUCUCGUUGGUUUCUUUACAUCUUAAAAUGGUCCCUUUUCUUAGGUCUAGGUCAUUUCUUGACUACAUGAUAUUUCAGUGUGUUCAACUCUCUGUCACAGAAUGAGUGACUAUCAAGGUGAAACAUUCUGAAAAUUUGCAGAUAAUCGAGCUCUAUAUAUUUCACAUAAAACAUUUUUCAGAACAUCAAAGACUUAUCGUUAAUUUGCAAGAUCGUUUCAUAGAAUAGGCGAUUUUCGUUUAUGAAGGAGCUAGUAUGAUGAAAUAAGUUUAACAAUAGUUAAUAGUCCUAUUAAAAAUUUUGAUGCACCAAUAAUCAUCAGAGAAUCCCUGGUGGAGUAAUAUAAAUAACUUCUCUAUAAACAGAAAAUGAUUUUCUUGACCUCUACAUCGCUGAGGAGUACAAGAAUAUGACCGCAGGAAGAAAGUCUAUAUUUUGUUUAAAACUAAACUAUAAGUGUAUAAAACGGACCAAUAAUUAUCCGUUAUCAUUAUUUGUUGUCUUCGAUAGCGUGAACGGACGAAACUUACAGAUGGAUGACAUUUAUUUUUCUCAAUAGCACAAAUAAAGAAUGAAUAAAUGAUAUAUAUUCGAUUGAUUUAAAAAAAGAUUACUUACUCACUUAAUCUGACGUAAAGAAUUUCUAAAUUUUUUAGACAACGUUAGAAUGUCUAUCUAUCUAUCUAUUAGCUAAGUCAAACUAAUUCACCAGAGAUAGACGAAGGAACGAUUCAUUACGUUGCAUGAGAAAAAUAUUCCAAAGUAGCGGUUUGCGAUUAAAACGAAACAUGAAGGAAGAAAAUAAAUCAAAUACGGACAGGAGAGAAACGAAGAAAUGGAAAUGAAGUGAAAAGAAUAGGGAAUGAUAUGGAAGAAUGGAAAAAGCACGAAAUUAUAGGAAAAAAUGAUUAACAGAUAGAAAAAAUGAACAAAACUCAAUAGUUAAAAAUUCGAGAAAAAAAGGACGUUUUAACGUGUUCGAAGCCC